GGGCUUCCUUUAUCAAGGCAGAUAAGUUAGGGUUGGGCAACACCCCCCCCUACCACAAUAGAGGACAACAAGAUUUCCUUUGCGCUGCCUAGUAAAUUUCCUUUUUCCUACUCCGACCAUCCGCAAGGCUUAAAAACUUCAAACUCAGAAAAAAAUUGGGGUUUCUAAAUUCACUGUUGAGCGCCAUGGAUUACUUUUGUGAAGGCUUUUUGGAGCACUUCUGAAGUUUCAGCUUCUUUACCUGUUCCUAGCGGUGUCUGGAUGUGGGUUUGAUACAAGGCAAUAAUCACAGAGGUUGGAGGGCAGGGUCAAAGAGAUGGUCUUGUCAAUGGUGAACUUUGGAUGUGCUUCGGGGACUCCUCACCACCAGGCGCGCCAGAAGGUCCCCAUGGAAGUGAGGAGAUACUCGGGAGGCCUUGUCAGUUGUGAGCGAGGACCAGUCACUAUUUGAGUGUGCCUACGGAACGCCACACCUGGCUAAGACAGAAAUGACCGCAUCCUCUUCCAGUGACUAUGGCCAGACAUCCAAGAUGAGUCCCAGAGUCCCACAACAGGACUGGCUGUCUCAGCCCCCAGCCAGGGUCACCAUCAAGAUGGAGUGCAACCCUAGCCAGGUGAACGGUUCCAGGAACUCACCUGACGAAUGCAGUGUGACCAAAGGUGGGAAGAUGGUGGGCAGCCCUGAUACUGUGGGAAUGAGCUACGGCAGCUACAUGGAGGAGAAGCACAUGCCGCCCCCCAAUAUGACCACGAAUGAACGCAGAGUGAUCGUCCCUGCAGAUCCUACUCUGUGGAGCACAGACCAUGUCCGGCAGUGGCUGGAGUGGGCAGUGAAAGAAUACGGCCUCCUAGACGUGGACGUCUUAUUAUUUCAGAAUAUUGACGGGAAGGAGCUGUGCAAGAUGACAAAAGAUGACUUCCAGAGGCUCACUCCGAGCUACAAUGCCGACAUUCUUCUCUCACAUCUCCACUACCUCAGAGAGACUCCCCUUCCACAUCUGACAUCCGACGACGUUGAUAAGGCUUUACAAAACUCUCCACGGUUAAUGCAUGCUAGAAACACAGGGGGUGCAGCUUUUAUUUUCCCCAAUACUUCAGUAUAUCCCGAAGCCACGCAGAGAAUUACAACUAGGCCAGAUUUACCUUAUGAGCCUCCCAGGAGAUCAACCUGGACCGGCCACAGCCACCCCACCCCUCAGUCCAAAGCUGCCCAGCCAUCUCCCUCCACAGUGCCCAAAACUGAAGACCAGCGUCCUCAGUUAGAUCCUUACCAGAUCCUGGGACCCACCAGUAGUCGCCUUGCUAAUCCAGGUAGUGGCCAGAUCCAGCUGUGGCAGUUCCUGCUAGAACUCCUGUCUGACAGCUCCAACUCCAACUGCAUCACCUGGGAAGGCACCAACGGGGAGUUCAAGAUGACAGACCCGGAUGAGGUGGCUCGGCGCUGGGGGGAGCGGAAGAGCAAGCCCAACAUGAACUAUGACAAACUCAGCCGUGCCCUCCGCUACUACUACGACAAAAACAUCAUGACCAAGGUGCAUGGGAAGCGCUAUGCCUACAAGUUUGACUUCCACGGGAUUGCCCAGGCCCUGCAGCCCCAUCCCCCCGAGUCGUCCCUGUACAAGUACCCCUCCGACCUGCCGUACAUGGGCUCCUAUCACACCCACCCCCAGAAGAUGAACUUUGUGGCUCCCCACCCUCCGGCCCUCCCAGUCACAUCUUCCAGUUUCUUUGCUACCCCGAACCCAUACUGGAAUUCGCCGACUGGGGGCAUCUACCCGAACACUAGGCUCCCAGCCAGCCAUAUGCCCUCUCACCUGGGCACCUACUACUAGAGACCAGAUAGAGGCCUUUCCCAACAGUGCACAAUCGCCUAGCAAUCACCACAAACUCAGAGAACACAAAUCGAAAGUGCCUCCUGAGGAAUGGAAACGGUUGGCCAGAGCUGGGGAAGGAAGCCGGGGAAAGAAAACCAAAGACUCACAGGGGAGGGUGGGCACCACCCAAGUAUUACUACAGAAAUAGAAGAAGCUCAAAAUAUACUGUACAUGGACAUAUAACCUGUGGUCCACCCUUGUCAAAGACAUUGUAUGUAGAAAAGCGUGACCGAGAAGAACAACUGUCCAAGGAAGUGGCCUUAAGUAGUGUACAAACUGUAGAGUGUGGGACCUUGCUUGUACCAGGAUUCAGUGAGAGCAAUAGAACCAUAACAGUCUUGGCCUAGCACACCAUCACGUGUGAUGACAUUUGAAGGGAAACUACCUGUGUUUAAAAACAGAAAAAAACAUAUCCAAACCAAAUAAGAAGAGGAAAAAAAAAAAAAGAUGGCGGCCCCUCCACAGACCACAAUGGCUGUGGAUUUUCUUGGCUGGCAUUUGCUGUUUUCAUUGAAAUCAGGUUCGUUCCAUUUGAUAGGGAGCUGCCAGCUCUGUCAAACUGUGAAGAUGACCCAGCGUCUCAUCACCUUUUCAGUAUUACGGGAAAUGUGGGCCAUGUGGUGGGCGGGGAAUGUAUGUGCAUGUUGUUGUGAGUAUGUGAUCAUAGAAGAAAGACUGAAACGGAGGAAGAGAUAGAGGAUCAGGGGUUGGGGAGGGAGUUAAGGGAGAGGAGGAAGUGGAAGAGGAAGAGGAGGAGGGAGGAGGAGAAAGGGGGAGGAAGAAAAGGAGGAAGAGGAGAAAGGAGGAGGAAGAAAAGGAGAAAAUGAGGAAGAGAAGGAAAAGAAGAAAAGAAGGGGGAGGAAGAGGAGAAGGAGGAAGAGGAAGAGAGGAAGAGAAGCAAGCUGCUCAAGCCACCACAGCUGAAUUUAGGACAUCUUGGGACCAAAGAGCAUGAGUCAAGAUGUUUGAUGCUGCCAGGGUUGUAAGAAAGGACACAGAUUUGUGGAGGACUGGGAGCAGUAGUAUUCAGAACCAAAAAUAUGUCUCUUUGUGAAAAGGAAAUCAUAACUGGAAUUGUCUGAUAUUUAAAAAAUUCAGGACCUCAGUAUUCAAUGGAGGCUUUGUCCUUCACAGGGGGCAGUUGAGAGGUGACCUUGGUGGCUACCAUGGUCAGAGACCACACAGGCAUUGUGGGUAGGUGGGCUCCAGUUUUCCUUAAUGAGUCGCGAACGCUGUGCGUUCGUCAGAACGAAGUCUACAAGUCAAUGGUUUUUUUCUUUUUAUAUAAUAAUUAUAUAACUUAUGCAUUUAUACACUACGAGUUGACCUCGGCCAGCCAAAGACACCACACACACACACACACACACACACACACACACACACACACACACAAAAGAGACAAUCAAACAUAUGAUGUGGCCUUGAAUUUUAACUCUGUAAUGCUUAAUGUUUACAAUAUGAAGUUACUAGUUCUUAGAAUGCAGAAUGUAUGUUAAUAAAAAUGAGCUUGGCCUCUCAUGGCGAACCAGAA